GACAAAGGGGAUUAUCAAUGGAGACGCUGGUCCUUCUCCACCCUUCACCGAAACUCCCACCGCCGCCGCUGCGGCCAAAUCUCUUCCACUCUCCAACGACAACUACGAUCCCUUCAAACGCCUGCUUCCAAUUUCCCCAACCCACUCGUCUCCGCCACGGCACCAAGUCUACCCGCCGGAUAGCGCCCUCAGCGUCGUUCAGAAACGGAAGCGAUGCUCCAGAAACAGGGUGCCCUGUCCCCGUCGAUCAGCAAACCAUAAACGAGUACCAGAGCCUCUCCACCUCCUUCCCUUUCUCUUGGGCCUCCGCCGACAUCGUCGAGUACUGCUCCCGCCUUUUCGUCACCGUCGCGUCUUUCGCUCUGUUCGUGGGCCUGCCCGUCUCCUGGUUUGGCUCCGUCGGCCCGCAAUUGGACCCUUUGAAACCGAUCUUUGCUGCCCUCUCCAGCGGGAUUCUGGUGGUUAGCCUCGCGGUCUUGAGGAUUUAUUUGGGUUGGGCGUAUGUUGGGAAUCGUCUGCUCAGUGCCACUGUCGAGUAUGAAGAAACCGGGUGGUAUGAUGGUAUGUGUAUAUAUAUAUAA